AUGAAACAAAGGCAUUUUUUAAAACCUUCCGAUUUUUCUUACUCUGAGAUUAAUCAGAUCCUCAAAGAAACUCUGUUGUUCAAAAAAAGAAGGGAGACGAUAAGGAAAAAGACUCUCACUGGCAAAAUCAUUGGUUUGUUUUUUCAAAAGUCGUCUACUCGUACACGCAUUUCUUUUGAAGUGGGGAUCAAGGAACUCGGAGGAGAAAAUAUCUUUUUAACAAGAGAAAAUACGCAGGUUAAAAGAGGGGAAAGCUUUUCCGAUACCUUUCGCGUAUUGGAGCGUUAUUUUCACUGCCUGAUUAUCCGUAACAAUGAUCAUGACGUGUUAGAAAAUUUGUCCAAGACAUCCACGAUUCCAAUCAUUAAUGGGCUGAGCAACCGACACCACCCCUGUCAAGUGUUAGCGGAUGCCUUCACCAUCAAUGAACAUGUUGCUAAACCCAAGAUCGCCUAUGUCGGUGAUGGAAACAAUGUUGCUACCUCCUUGAUUGAACUCUGCAGUUUAUUAAAAUGGCCUCUGCGAGUCACAACCCCUCCAUCCCAUGCUUGUCCAAAAUCGGUGUUGAAAGAUUGCUUGGUGAACGACCGUUGGAUUGAGUUUAACCAUCACCCCCAAUCGGCAGUUAAGGGGUGCAAUGUAAUUUAUACCGACACAUGGUUCUCUAUGGGAGACAAGGAAUCUAAAGCAAACAAACUCAAAGCUUUCAAAGGCUUUCAAGUGAACGAUCGCUUACUAAAAGACGCAACAAAAGAUUAUAUUUUCUUGCAUUGUCUCCCAGCCUAUCGAGGAUUAGAAGUGAGUGAGUCAAUCAUUGAUGGGAAGCAUUCCAAAGUUUUUGACCAAGCUGAGAAUCGCCUCCAUGUUCAAAAAGCUAUUUUGAGUUUUUUGUUCACACAGCUAAAGAGACGAUAG